UUAAAUAUAAAAAUAAUAAACAUUACUUAUUAUUUUUAAUCAAAUAUUAUACUUUAUUUUUACGUAAUAAGUAUUUAAAAUUAGGACUAUUUAGUACUUAUUAUUUAAUAUUUACUAAAUUACUAAUUAUAUUAUUCCUGUCAUUGUAGAAAGGUUGUAACUUUGUAUUUUCUUUAUAUUUUGUGUAGAGAUCAUCAAAUUAAGUCUAUCAAUAUGUCACGUGAUAGAGGAAAUGAAAACUUACCUAGUGAGGAUAUUGGAUGGCAUUUUGGUACUGCGGUAGACGGUAAUAGACAUGUUAUUAUGUGUAAGUUAUGUGGGAAGAUAAUCAAAGGGGGCAUUACACGCUUGAAACAACACUUGGCACAUAAAAAGGGUCAAGUAGCUGGAUGCUCAAAUGUGACCACACAAGUAAGAGAACAAAUGAUGAAACAUCUACAACAGUAUGCUGAGAAGAAAAGAGAUAAACAAAAAAGGCAAGAAGAAGCAGAAGCCCAAAUUAGAGGAGAUUUUGAGAAUUUGAGCGAUGAAGAAGACUUAGAAGAAGAAAGUAUGAGAUUUGCUCGACAAGAAAGCAUGCGAUCACAACAACAAUGGGAAGAAAGACAAAGAUUUCGAGCAAGAACAACUGGAAGAGGUAAUAUUUAUGAAGAGGGAGGUGGCUCUGGCAGUGGUGCUACCAGUGGUUUCAAUAGAGCAGGAGCUCGAUCUUAUAGUGGUCGAGAAGCUGGAGGUAGUGGACGACAAUGGAUCAAUCCUGAUGCCCCUGAAGCUAGACUAAAGGCAAUGGAUCCUAUUUUAGAAAGAAGCAAGAGUGCGAAACAACCAAAACUCAACACAAAGUUACUGAAAGGUUUAAGAAGUAAAUUAGGAAAAGCGGUUGGAAAAUUCCUAAUUUAUAAUCGGAUUCCAGCGAAUGUAGCUGACUCUCCAUUUAUGCAACCUAUGCUUGAUAUUGCUGCAGAGGUUGGAAAGGGGGUGAAGGGUCCAUCACCCUAUGAGAUAUCUGAAAUUUAUUUGGAGCAAGAGUAUCAAGAAAUGAAAAAUUAUAUAGCUUCUUUUGCUGGAAUUUGGAAGGAAAGAGGUGUAACACUUAUGUGUGAUGGUUGGUCAGGACCAACUAGAAAACACAUUAUAAACUUUUUAGUUUAUUGCGAUAGAGGCACCGUGUUUCACAAAUCAGUUGAUGCCUCUGAUGUGCCAAGCAGAACAGCUGAAUAUUAUUUCAGAUUAAUGGAUGAGGUGGUUGAAGAAAUUGGAGAGGAGAAUGUUGUUCAAGUAGUGACUGAUAAUGAAGCUGCAAUGAAGGCAGGAGGAAAAUUAUUGAUGCAGAAGAGGCCCAAUCUCUAUUGGACAGCAUGUGCAGCUCAUUGCAUAGACCUUAUUCUUGAAGAUAUUGGUAAGAAAAGUAACGUGAAGAAGGUCUUAGAAGAUGCAAGAACAAUAACCUCAUUUAUUUACAACCACACAUGGACAGUGAAUUUCAUGAAGAAAUUCACAAAUAAUAGAGAGUUACUUCGCCCUGCCAUCACUCGAUUUGCCACAAAUUUCAUUGCUUUGGAGACUAUUGUCAGGCAUAAACAAGCACUAAGGGAAAUGUUUACAUCUGAUGCUUGGAAAAACUCAAGAUUUGGAAUGGCAAAAUCAGGCCCAGCAUAUGAUUCGAAGAAAAUUAUCUUAGGCAAAGAGUUUUGGCAAAAGGCCUCUGAUAUAAUUAAAGUGCAAGAACCCUUGGUGAAAGUUCUUAAAUUGGUUGAUGGUGAUGAAAAACCAACCAUGGGCUUCAUAUACGAGGCAAUUGAUAGGGCGAAGUUGGCCAUUCAAAAAGAUUGCCGGUUUUACAAAGAUUAUUGGAAAAUUAUUGACAACCGGUGGAGUUUUCAGUUGCACCAAGAUUUGCACGCUGCUGGUAAGUGUAAAUCAAAUACAAUUUCUUAUUAUUUUAACUUUUAAAUUAUGCAUAGUUGCAUUAGAAAACUAUUGAUUAAUAUGUUUCUAAAUUUAAUUGUAGGGUAUUUUUUGAACCCACAAUUUCUUUAUGGUGCCCCACCCUCUCCUGAAGUUGCUAGAGAAGUCAUGGAUGGAGUUAAAAAAGUGAUAACC